UCAAUUUACUGCCUUUACAAUUCCAUUCAAACAUAUAUCGAAUGGAAUAGUAUCAAAAGGAACAAAAUUUUUUAAGUUUAAUAUUUUAAUCAUUUAUUUAUGAAUAAAAACUUUAAUCAAAUAACCAUCGAAUUAUCUAAUGAAUACAAAUCACAUAUGUACCCGCACGUAUGCACGCCUGCACGCAGUAACGCAUACAUAUGACAGAUCUAUUUAAUGAUAGAAAUAGAGUUAUCGUUAUUGUACACAUUCCUUUAAAGUAUAAAUUUUGCAUUAAUGGCUCUAUAACAAACAACGAAUAUCAUAUAGUUUAAUUGAAACAAUUAUUAUAUUAAAAUAUGAAAAAAGUUUGUUAUGUGUAACGAAGAUCAUAAUUAUUGCUCAAAUAUCUAUUUACAAUAAUUACUUUUGCAUUAAGACAAGGUGUAAUUUGUGAAGUAUAUGUGUAUAAAUUUAAUAUUGAAGUAUGUGAUAAAUAAGGUUAUUUUAUAAAACAAAAUUCUUAAUUCAUAACACGGCAUGUUAUUUCUUAAUUCAUAAUACGGCAUUGGGCAUAAAUUUUGACAAGUCAUUGUAUACAAAUAAAUAUUCCUUAAUUCAUACACAUGGUGUAGUUUGUAAAGCAAAUAUGGUAUCUUCAUGGUAUUAUUUCAUUUUACCGGUAGUAUUACUUAUUGGAUUACUUCGAAAAUGUCGUGAACGUACAUGGGGAAAAUGUAAAAAUACAGACAGUUUACUAGGUCGAGUAUUCAUUGUGACAGGUGCAAACUCCGGAAUUGGUAAAGAAACAGUAAAAGAAUUGGCUAAAAGGAAAGCUACAGUUAUUUUAGCCUGCAGAUAUUUACAAACCGCUCAGAAUGCUAUAUCUGACAUACGUACUCAAAUAUCUACUGGAAAACUGGUACCAAUGAAAUUAAAUCUGGCAUCGUUUUCAUCCAUCAGAGAAUUUGUUGCAGAAGUAAUAGAAAAUUUUGUGGAGGUUCAUGUGUUGAUUAAUAAUGCUGGAGUAUAUGUUCCUUUUAAAGAACAUGCUUUAACUGAUGAUGGAUUUGAAAUUCAUUUUGGAGUAAAUCAUUUAGGGCACUUUCUACUUACAAAUUUACUUUUGGAACAUUUAAAACGAAAUGGACCAAGCAGAAUUGUUAUUGUGACAUCUAAACUUUUUGAGUCUGGAACAAUUGAUUUUUCGAAUCUAAAUGGCGAAAAAGGUUUGGUAGUCAAAGGACGUAUGAAUCCUGCCUAUUGUAAUUCAAAAUUAGCAAAUACGUAUUUUGGUAUUGAACUUGCAAAACAAACAAAGAACAGUGGUAUUAAUGUAUAUAUGGUUUGUCCUGGAUUCACUUAUACAGGAUUAUUCAGAAAUGUUAAAAGGAGUUGGUUUCACUAUAUUAUUUUUUCGCCUGUUGCUCUGUUAUUUUUACGUACUGCAAAUCAGGGUGCACAAACUGUAUUACAUUGUGCAAUAGAACCUUCCUUAUCUAAUGAAAGUGGUAAUAUUUACCGUGAUUGUAAACUUUAUGUUUCAAAAAAGAAACUAGACCCUGAUGUAGCACUGCGUUUGUGGGAUGUGAGUGCAAAACUGACUAAAAUUAAUGAAUCUUUAAAUUAAAUAUUUUAAUGUAUAUUA